AUGGGCGCGAUUGGAGUCUCCGGCGCAUUCCCUCCGGGUGUUGCGAAGACCUGUCUGAGGUCUGGGUUGGGGCGCGGAGGGCACAGGACUUGCAUGGCUUCGCCGACGACGACAACAGAGCGGGAGCAGCAGCAGCCCGACGGGAGAGGAGGCCCCGGCUGCGGGUUGACCGGCGACUCAUUCAUCCGUCAUCACCUGAGAAAGCUGUCGCCGUACCAGCCUAUCUUGCCCUUCGAGGUACCCCAACAUGCUUGGAUACUUUCUAUUUGUCGUAAAGUCUCCCUUUCUUAUAAGGCCAAACAGUUUUCUCCACAUUGAACAGAGAUAAUUCAAUGUAUGCGUCAUUGUUGUUUGUUCUUGGUAAAUUUAUAUCUGGAUGCGAGAUUUCUCUCUCUAUUGUCCUUUAUUUUAACUCAGCCCCAUCCAAUGGUAGUCUACAUAGGGAGCUGUCGGUUCUUCUUCUUGUCUGCCAUCUGUGCACAUCCUCGAGAGUAAACCAGACCAUCACCCCGGCCUUUGUUCUCUGAAUUGGAAAACUUAUAACCAGUUAGAAUACCUUACAAUGGCUGCCAUUCCUCUGAUGGCCUUCUUUAUCCGUAAUAGUUACCAAGAGCUCGUAUAUUCCUGAUGGCCUACUUUACCAGGCCUUCCCAUUUUCAGCUCAAGCAAUUGUUGCACUUCCCCAUCUCCUUACUUACAUGCCAGGGCAUCAAUAAGCAAAGCUUGAUCAGCGCAAUCUGAUGAAGUACAGUUCAGAAUUAGUUCAUUUCAUUUCAACUCCCUACUGAAUCAUUACCCUUUCUAUUCUUGCGACAAGAGAGCACAUGAAAUGUUCUGUAUGAUUGGUGGGUUUUAUGUCCCACAUUAGGCUCUGUCCGUAGAUCGGCUCUCCCUUUUCCAUAUCCUUGGGUCUGUUGUCUUUAUCAGGUUUUAUAGUUUUUGUAUGUCCUCUUUCGUGUUUCUGUGUUGGGUAAGCUUUUAAGAAAGAGUAAAAGAUGACUUGUACGAAAGUACGAGAAGCAUGGUGAUGUUCAGGCAUUGAUAUUUUGAAACAUUCAAGUCGAAUAUAGGAACUCGUUAUUCGAGCAUCUGGGAGAAGCAUGGUGAUGUUCCCUUCUCCUCCUCCCUAAUCCUUUAAGGCAGGGACUGAGGAAGCAAAUCAGUUGGAGAAAGAGGGGACCUCUGACAGAGUUCUUUCAUACAGAGGGCAAAAGUGACUGUGUGUAUCUGGAUUUGACUCUUUUGGGUGAAUUAUUAUUUUUAACUUGCUUAGUACUAAAAUCUUGAUUGAGACCGAUUGUUGAUCAACCACGAAGGAUAAUUGUAUAUUUGAUUUUGAAUUUAAUCACUCACAUAUCUUAAAAUAUGUAUAUUUUCAAUUUUUUAUCAUAAAUCUAUCACAAUACCAGAUUGCGUUGAAAGACAUUUGUAGAUUUUAUCAUUGAUACUUCUCAAUAUUCUUGCUAGGUGUUAUCAACACGACUUGGAAGAAAGCCUGAAGAUAUCAUCAAACUUGACGCAAAUGAAAAUCCAUAUGGUCCUCCCCCUGAGGCAAGAUGAGCUUCUUUGAUUAUUCACAGGUUUUAAUGACGUCUUCAGCUACGUGGAUUUUUCUUUCCGAAUUUUCUGGCUCAUUUUAAGCUCAUUGAAAUCAACGAGUUGUUUUAUCUUCAAUUCAAAUUGUUGGAAAUAUUAUGGUUCAUAGUACUGUUCGAAUUCAACUUCUCGCUAGAUUGGAGCUGCCGAAUUCGUUUAUGGGUUGAGAUGCAAUUGUGCCAUAUUGGCGCAGGGUUGGGGGAUAGGAGGGGCUGGGGGGGGGUGGGGCGCAACUAGUGUUUUAGAUGGGUUCACAUAAUAGCCUCUUGCUUUCGCUGUCUUUUUUCUAGGCUGGGGCUCUUUAGAACAGGUGGUCUCUGUAUUGGAAUAAAUGUGCCUAGUAGAAAUGAAUUAUUGCCUUUAGUCAAAAGAAAUACUUUCCUGACAUCCUUGUCAAUUGAUAAAAUCGGUAGCUCUGAUUUUUGUUUCAGACGUGGUGAAGUUUCAACUUUAUUUUUCCGAAGUACAGUGAAGGGAAAGAAAAAAUGUCACAAAUGAGUGCACAGAUAAAAUUUUAGUAACGGUGUUAUUGAGAAAGGAAAAACUUUGUUGAAGAACCUUGGUUUCAUAAUACAUCUAAAAUUCAUUAAAGAACGAAGAAAUGUACGUUGUUAUUUUUUCAACGACAUGUAUACCUAAUUUGGUUGAUGGUAGUCUGAACCUGUACUUUGAACUGAUAGUUGAUGGGUAAUUACUUUACUGAAAAUUAAAGGUUGUAAUUGGAUUAGGAUAUGUUUGCCUCUAAAUUUAUACUCUAGAUCAUAUGUAGGUGGCUGAAGCCUUGGGAACAAUGAAAUUCCCAUAUAUUUAUCCCGACCCUGAGAGUCGCCGCCUGCGUGCUGCACUUGCUGAAGAUUCAGGCCUUGAUGCUGAAUAUAUACUCGCAGGGUGUGGUGCAGAUGAAUUGAUUGAUCUGAUCAUGAGGUUGGAGCUGACUAAUAUGCUUUUCGUCUUCAAUUGAAAUGUGCUGCCGAAUUCGUUGUCAUAUUCUAAAUGUUCUUACUUGAGGUACCACAGAUGUGUACUUGAUCCAGGUGACAAAAUUUUGGACUGCCCCCCCACAUUUACAAUGUACGAAUUCGAUGCAGCAGUAAAUUGUGCCUUGGUCGUCAAGGGUAUGUCCAUUUCUUCCUCUUAGAAAAUACCAUAUUGUUUAUGUUGGGACAAAUAAUUGAUCAAAAAUUUAAUUCCUUUCCUGCCAUUGAUUUAGGCUUAGCAGGUUUAGGGUAGUUUUUUUUGGUUUAUAUUGGAUCCAUGACCAAUGACGAACAAACGCAAUGGCUGAAAUUUUGGGUCUGUGCUGGGUCUGAAGAGACAUCUGAGAACCGGGCUAAGGUACCUGGCCUAGAGAAUUCUUCAGGAUUGGGCCAGUUUUUCUGAUGCGUGGUUUAGGAUGUAAUGUGGGCGGCAGGAUUCAGGAGGGGUCAGGGUACUGUCCGUUGCUGUAAUGGAGCCACCAUAUCAUGGGCCAGUGGGCUGUCACGCAGCAUGUGUGGACUGCCCACCAGCCCAUUACAUGGAGGAGGCUGUGCUCUUCCAGGUUUCUGAGAUUUCUAUGCUGGGUCGAACCAAACUUUCUGUCCAACAUUAUUUUCUUGGCCGGAGUCCAGACCACCUGGACCAGGUCAGGUUUCCAAACUGGCCUGGCCAAUGGAUACUCUUCUGAUUUACCGAGUUAUUGUUUCCCACUAAACCAUUAUGUGCGCACCAGUAUUUAUGGAGUACCAAUCCCCUUGGCAUGUGGGACAUGGACAUAGGUAAAUCUCCAAAAAUAGCGUCAUGUAUCUUUGAAAUGUAUUAUUAUAUAUCUACCAGGAUCUAUAACACAAAUUACAUAAAACUAUCUUGAAAAUAUAAGAUGGUGUGGAAGAUUGAAUUUUAAAAUUGAACAAUAUUUAUAUUUCAAAAGUUGGAAAUAUUUAAGCGUAAUUUAGUUUUUCGGACUUAUCCUUUUUCUUCGGUGUUUAUAAAAAGGAUUAGACAAAAUUUAGGUAAAAAAUAUAUUUCUAAAAAGAUUACGCCUAAGUUAAGAAUAUUAGAAAUAGUGCAAUUUCAGAUUAUUUUAAGCAAAAUAAUCUGUGAGUGAUGGCCACUCUUUCAUUGAUUAGGCAAGCUGCUUUAGGCCAUUAUGGUCUUUCUUUUGCCUUGACGGCCCACUGUGAAUUUCAGCUGGUUGCAGCAACCCAUGACAGGCUUGGGUAGGGAAUGACAGUCUGUGGCAGAUUGUGGUAGAUGGCAAUGGAGUGUUCUGUUUUUCCCAUCUUCAUCCUUCACUCAACUGUUUCUUAUCCCACUUGAUGGAGCUGGAAACAUGCAUGUGAGGAAUUGAGCUGUAUCUUGUUUCUUCACGACAUGAAUGGGAGUUUCUCAACCCAUGUCCGCUGCACAUCGGCUUACUUCAGAUAGUAUUUCACAUAGCAGUGAAGCUUGAGGCCUGGCCUGCGGGUCUGAUUUCAAGUCAGAAAAGCAACAAUAUAACAUAGUACAAUUUUAUUUUUUUGUGACAAGAAGUCUUCAGAAGGGGUACUACUGAUUAUGUCAACAAUAAUUGUCUUUUGCUUCAUGUUCUUCUUAUCUACGCUAAAAAAAAAUUACUGGCUGGCGGUCAAUUAUACUUUUCUUCAGUAUCAUAUGUUUUAAAGGAGAGAUUAUUUGUGUUUCUUUUCAAAUAACCCUUUUAUCAUCAGCUAGUAGCCCUACACUUAAAGAACAGUCACGGUUUCUUCUUCAGAAUAGUGUACAUUCCAACUAUGAAUAUUUUGAACCCUUUAUGCGUCAGUAUCACAUUUACGAGAUGACUAACAUUGUGACCUUCAUUUAGUUCCAAGGAGGUCAGAUUUUUCUCUUGAUGUUCCCCGCAUUGUAGAAGCUGCUGAACGGGAAAAGCCGAAGUGUAUCUUUUUGACUUCUCCUAACAACCCAGACGGAAGGUGUGCUAUCUCAGUAUAAGAUUUAUCUAAAGGGAACCCGAAAUCGAAAGCUUCUGAAUGAAUUGAUGCUUAGAAUUUUAUUGGCACCUUUAUGUCCUCAUUACCCUUUUGAAUUUUUUUCCACAGUGUUAUUAAUGACGAGGAUCUGUUGAAGGUUCUUAAUCUGCCUGUAUUGGUUGUGCUGGACGAAGCAUAUAUUGAAUUCUCUGGCUUGGAAUCUAGGAUGGGAUGGGUGAAGAAGCAUGAAAAUUUGAUCGUCCUCAGGACUUUCAGCAAGAGAGCAGGUCAGCUGAUACUAUUAUGCCUUUCAAUCAUUUGAUCGUUAGUUGCUGUUGUUUCUCUUUUUUUUUUAGAUGUGAGAAAGGAAUAUGGUUUUAGUCCACUAUUUAGCUUUGAUGUGUGUGUAAGUAAUGCACAUGAUCCUAAUUUGUUCUAUCUUAUCCACGCCCGAUUUCCGAUUACCCCCUUCCAAAAGUUACCAAAACCAGUAAAUAUUCCCCUGUUUUUCGAUGCUCUCAGAAUAAAUCUUAGUUUACUGCUAUUUUAAAUCCUGCCCACAUUGAUUAUUUCAUCUAAUCAGUGUUACAUAGUCCCUCACAUGCUCCCUUCCCACUGUUCUCCAGGAAUUCCAAGAACUCAUUAGAUGGCUAUUUCCUCACAGGUUUAGCUGGACUCCGUGUGGGAUAUGGAGCGUUCCCUCUCAGCAUCAUUCCCUAUUUGUGGCGCGCAAAGCAGCCAUAUAACGUCUCCGUUGCUGCCGAGGUCUCUGCGUGUGCAGCUCUGCAGAAUCCAGCCUACUUAGAGGUACUCAAUGGAAACCUCUGGCAUUGAUCUCAACUGGGUUCCUGAUUUCGCACUAAUGCUGUCGCUAUCUCUCACUCAGAGGGUGAAAGAUUCCCUCGUGGAUGAAAGAGAGAGGCUGUUUAGGCUUCUGGAUGAGGUGCCCUUCUUGAAGCCAUUUCCGAGCUUCUCCAAUUUCAUUCUCUGUGAAGUCACCUCCGGAAAGGACGCUAAAAAGCUCAAGGUAAUUAAUCUAGUUUGCUGCCAUUGUUAUCCCGUUAGAUUCUCAGUUUACUGUGGUUUUGAGAGCUAAGGAGCUGGUGAUUGCAUUUAAUAUAGAAUGAAGGUCAACAUGAGGCUAAACAGAUGUGAUGAUGAGUCACCAUUAAUCAUUUUUUUUUCCCUUUCCUGGGAAAGAAAUAUAGAUCGAGGUCUCACUGCAAAAAUAAGCGGGCAGAUGAUGCAGAAAAUAGUACUAAAGGAAAGUAUUGGGAGCGCUUUGACUUACCUGUUGACUUUUGGGUUUUGUGCAAAUCGGGGGAGAAGGGAUGAGGCGAGAGGCGUUUGAUUUCUGUUCUAGAAUGCCUGGUUGUGGGUAAACAUUGUGUACCCUUUGAAUUUUUUGAAAUGGUUCUGUGGCUUCACAAACUCGGUGGGUUUUUCUCAGAUCAAGAGAAUUUUGGUAACAUGAAAAAUUGUGGUUUUCUUUUUUUUUUUUCUUUUCUAAAUCAAGCAAAUUUGGUUGAUGGGAACCUGGAAACUAUUUUUUUCCUAGGAUUUUCUAUUGAUUUGCUACUCUCUCUCGCCUUCUAUUUCUUCAUGAAGAUCAUAAUCUGCCACGAGAAAAGCUUUUUCUUAAAUGGUUAUAUAACCUAAAAAACUGUGGGUUUUUAUCUGAUCAUGGAAUUUUGGUUCAUGAGAACCCGGAAACUAUUUUCUUUUACAGUUCUUUCUAUCGCCAUUUAUUUCUUCAUGGUAACAUGAAAAAUUGCAGUUUUCUUUUUUUUUUUCCAAAUCAAGCAAAUUUUAUUGAUGGGAACCUGGAAACUGUUUUUUUUUCUGAAUUUUUUUUACUGAUCGGCCACACUCGCCAUCUAUUUCAGGAAGAUCUUGCACAAAUGGGCGUGAUGAUCCGUCAUUACAAUAACAAGGAGCUGAGGGGUUAUGUCCGGGUAUCUGUAGGGAAGCCUGAGCACACGGAUGCCCUAAUGGAAUGUCUUAAGCGCCUCCAGUGA